AUGCUCAAAAUCUACCACCACGAUCACGCCAACGAUAGAUCAUCAACCAAUCACCAAGAACCCUUUCAUAUUGUAAAUACGAACACUUGCAAAACCAUUAACAUUCCCAAUUUUGAGAGAAUUAAAAAAGUUGUAAUCAAUCAGACAAGUGUACAUGUCCUAUCGGAGAGUGGUCAGGUUUAUAUUUUUAAAGAUGGUUUUGAUAGUAGUAGUAGCAGUAGUAACAUAACAAUUCAAGUUCCUUAUCUUCUCGACACUACAACAAAUGGAAAAUUAUUGAUUGAAGAUGUUUCGACAUUUUCGGAGGGAUCAACACUUUAUUUGGUUCGUGAUGAGAUGAAUAAUACAUUUCUCUAUGGAAGUGGCAGUACGGCCUAUGAUUGUUUUGGAGGUAAUCGUCAGUGUAUGAAUGAGGAUGGUACGGAGAAAUUUACUCUCCUUUACACUCCUCCGACCGUAAAUGGAUACAGACAUCAAAUUACACAUAUUGCAUCAUGUUAUUCCUUUACAAUAAUCGUUUUGGAUUACUGUGAUAUUAGAAUUUCAGGUCAGGAUUGGGUGAAUUCUGUUCACACGGUAAUGGGUUGGCAUGUAAGCCAGUUUUAUUGUGAAAAGAAAAUUAAGAAAAUUGAAUGUGGAAGCUUUCAAUUUUUUGUAAUAUUUGAAGAUGAUACUGUAAUGUUUUGUGGAGAUAAUGGAAGUAAUCAGAUGCCACAUACUGAAGGUACCGCACAUUUUUCUGUGGAUUAUGAAAUGAAAAUUUCUGAAGCUUUUGGAGGAUACGAUUGCUCGGUAGUGAGAUUUGCAAACACUACUCCAACUUAUGAGAAUUACAUGUUAUAUGGAAGUGCAAUGCUGGAAUAUAAGAAUUUGAAACAGUUUUUGAGCUGUUAUCCAAAAUUUUCUGAAUCCAAUUCAGACAAUGCAAAGAUUAGAUAUAUUAAGGAUAUAUUCUUUAUUGAAUUCAAUGGCUUAUUUUAUGCGAUAAGCAAUAGUCAUAAUAUGAGAUUUGUGGUGGAUGCUUCAAAAGAAUUUGAUGGAAUUCCUGGAAACAAUUAUCAAAUUACUGCACAUUCAAGUACAGUUGUUUUUUACAAAACAUUUUCAGCAGUCAUUUAUCCCAAGUUAGCUACUUAUCUUAGAAAUCAAUCAAUACUCACUGAUUGCUAUUUUCAGUUUGAAUGA